GGCGGCGCGCACCGACAGCCGGACGGACAGGCGGCCGGUCGGACCGACGGGGCAGCGCGGGGAGCGGGGACGCGGCGGGACAGCGACAUGGCCGGCCACACGCAGCAGCCGAGCGGGCGCGGGAACCCGGGCCCUGCGCCCUCGCCCUCCCCCGGCCGGGGUCCCGGCCCGGGCGCCUCGGAGCGGGUGGCGCUCAAGAAGGAGAUCGGGCUGGUGAGCGCCUGUACCAUCAUCAUCGGAAACAUCAUUGGCUCGGGCAUCUUCAUCUCCCCCAAAGGGGUCCUAGAGCACUCUGGCUCUGUGGGUCUGGCCCUCUUCGUCUGGGUCCUGGGUGGAGGCAUCACUGCCCUGGGCUCACUCUGCUAUGCAGAGCUGGGAGUGGCCAUCCCCAAGUCUGGCGGGGACUACGCCUAUGUCACUGAGAUCUUUGGGGGCCUGGCUGGCUUCCUGCUGCUCUGGAGCGCCGUGCUCAUCAUGUACCCCACGAGCCUGGCUGUCAUCUCCAUGACUUUCUCCAACUACGUACUGCAGCCGGUGUUCCCCAACUGCAUCCCGCCGGCCGCCGCCUCCCGUGCACUCUCCAUGGCUUGCCUGAUGCUCUUGACGUGGGUGAACAGCUCGAGUGUGCGCUGGGCCACGCGCAUCCAGGAUGUGUUCACCGGCGGGAAGCUGCUGGCCCUCUCACUCAUCAUUGGCGUGGGCUUUGUCCAGAUCUUCCAAGGACACUUCGAGGAGCUGAGGCCCAGCAACGCCUUUGACUUCUGGAUGACGCCAUCCGUGGGCCACCUGGCCCUGGCCUUCCUCCAGGGCUCCUUCGCCUUCAGCGGCUGGAACUUCCUCAACUACGUCACAGAGGAGCUGGUGGACCCUCGAAAGAACCUACCUCGUGCCAUCUUCAUCUCCAUCCCCCUGGUGACCUUUGUGUACACCUUCACCAAUGUCGCCUACUUCACUGCCAUGUCCCCCCAGGAGCUGCUGGCCUCCAAUGCCGUGGCCGUGACCUUCGGGGAGAAGCUGCUGGGCUACUUUUCUUGGGUCAUGCCCGUCUCCGUGGCACUUUCCACUUUUGGAGGGAUCAAUGGCUACCUGUUCACCUCCUCCAGACUGUGCUUCUCUGGAGCCCGAGAGGGGCACCUGCCCAGCCUGCUAGCCAUGAUCCACGUCAGACGCUGCACCCCUAUUCCCGCCCUCCUCGUCUGUUGCGGGGCCACGGCAGUCAUCAUGCUCGUGGGAGACACGUACACGCUCAUCAACUACGUGUCCUUCAUCAACUACCUCUGCUAUGGUGUCACCAUCCUGGGCCUGCUCGUGCUGCGCUGGAGGCGGCCGGCGCUCCACAGGCCCAUCAAGGUGAACCUCCUCAUCCCCGUGGCGUACUUGGUCUUCUGGGCAUUCCUGCUGGUCUUCAGCUUCAUCUCGGAGCCCAUGGUGUGUGGGGUAGGCGUUAUCAUCAUCCUCACGGGGGUGCCCGUCUUCUUCCUGGGAGCAUUCUGGAGAAGCAAACCAAAGUGUGUGCACAGACUCACAGGGCUCCCCAGAGGAGGAGGAAAAUGGCCCCUGCCAGCCCUCCCCACUGCCUGCCACGGACAAGCCCUUGAAGACACAAUGAGACAUUUGUGGAGCCUGAAGCAGCUGUUUCUGUUUACAUGUUGUUUAUUGAGGAGGUGUUUUUGCAAAAAAAAAAAAAAAUUUUUUUCCUGGGGAAAAAUAAAAAGAGCUCUGACUGUUAGAAGGGCUUGGUAAGGAAGCCCUGAAGAUGUGGACUGGGUCCCCUGUCAGCACUGCCCUGCUAGCUUUUCCUGGAAAGAUCUGUGCAUAAAACAGGGCUGGUGGUGCACCUGUCUCAGGAACUUAUUGGGCCCCCCUGGGCUGGGGGGCAUGUGUGGAGCUGGCUGGAGCAGGUGGCCUGGUUGGCUCGGGAGGAGGCUCUUGACUUUUGGGGUGUUCUGAUGCUUGAACCAGACACUCCUUCUUUGGGGUUGGCACCUUGGGGUCCAGGGCCAACCCUGCCCUACAGACGUGGAGGACUGAGAAUUGGCUGGGUGUGCCCCUCUCCCCCAGACCCUGCUGGAGGCUCAGCCACCCAGGAGAGCCUGGGGUUCCCGCCAGAACUGCCUUUCUUCCCCUAAAUCCCCACGGAGUGAGUAUCAGGACUCAGUGGCCUGGCUUGGUUUACAGGUGGGGAAACUGGGGUUUUGAGAUGGGAUGGCUUGGGUUUGGCUGCUGUCAGUUGGUGCCUCAGCCUCUGCCCUCUGAGAAAGCAUCGGGCACCAUCUUCUUGGGACCUCGGGGCCUGUAAGAGAUCCCAUGAGCUUUCUCUACCCCGUACCUACUUUCUAAGCCUAGCAUCAAGUUGACCGGGCCCACACUGACCCCACAGGCAUGAGGUUGGGGGCAGAAGCCUCCUGGCCCAGCUUCUCUGGGGCCUGUGCCACCAGCGCUCACCGUGGACUAGGUCUGAUGUACCCAUGGCCACGUCCAGUCCAGGGACAGCUCUGGCACCCCACAGGAUGAAUGGAGGGAGAAGCCACAGGAAACAUUCUGGGAAGCCCUGGCCCUCCUUCUUCUCUGGAAAAGGAUUCCCAGAAUGGAGUCGGGGUAGGCAGAUGGGGACCCCCCAGGUGUAUUGUGUACACUGGAGCCCUGGAGAGGGGCUCACUACUCCACCCUCUUCCCGAGUUCAACCCCCAGCAAG